AUGGACACAGUGGCACAUCCCCGCAGAGCCAGGGGCAGCAACACCCUGGCACGCCCUGGGGCCAGGUGUCAGAGCUGGCUGUGCAGCUGGGGCCACCAGGUCCAAGAGCAUGCCUGUGGAACUGAGCUGGGGCUAGUGGCCCGUGGCCACCUGUGUGAAGGUGGGUCCUCAGGACGAAGCACCGCUGCCAGGCAGCGAAAUGCCAUCAGCGCCUGCUCCACUGGCUCCAUGGUUACAGCAUCUGUAAAGCGUAACAAAGUGCUUUUCCUCCUGCCGGGUCUCCUCAUCACUUGCCACACCGCCAAGAUCCAACUGCCGGAGGGGUUUCGGAAAGAGAUGGUGCGUUACCUGCGCUCUGUGCAGCUCCCGGAUGGAGGCUGGGGCUUGCAUGUGGAAGACAAAUCGACGGUGUUUGGCACAGCACUCAACUAUGUAGCCUUGAGGAUCCUGGGGCUUGGACCAGACGACCCUGACAUUGUGCGGGCCCGUGUCAACCUGCACAGCAAAGGAGGUGCUGUGGGAAUCCCUUCCUGGGGGAAGUUUUGGCUGGCCGUCCUGAACGUUUACAGCUGGGAGGGAAUGAACACCCUUCUCCCAGAGAUGUGGCUGCUUCCUACGUGGUUCCCAGCCCACCCAUCCCGGCUCUGGUGUCACUGCCGCCAGGUUUACCUCCCCAUGAGCUACUGUUAUGCCAGGCGCCUGUCAGCAGAAGAGGAUGAGCUCAUACGGAGCUUGCGGCAGGAGUUGUAUGUGCAAGACUACGCCAGCAUAGACUGGCCAGCCCAGAGGAACAAUGUGGCUGCCUGUGAUGUGUACACCCCGCACAGCUGGCUGCUGGGGGCUGCCUAUGCCAUCAUGAAUGUGUACGAAGCCCACCACAACACUCAUCUGCGGCAGCGAGCCAUCACAGAGCUGUAUGACCACAUCAAAGCUGAUGACAGAUUCACCAAGUGCAUCAGCAUUGGGCCGAUUUCCAAGACGAUCAAUAUGCUGGUUCGCUGGUUUGUGGAUGGGGAGAACUCCUCGGCUUUUCAGGAGCAUGUUUCCAGGAUCCCUGACUAUCUCUGGCUGGGCCUCGACGGCAUGAAGAUGCAGGGCACAAAUGGAUCGCAGCUCUGGGAUACUGCUUUUGCCAUCCAAGCCUUCUUGGAGGCAGAAGCCCAGAAGAUGCCUGAAUUCACAUCCUGCCUCCAAAAUGCCCAUGAGUUCCUCCAAUUCACCCAGAUACCAGAGAACCCACCUGACUACCAGAAAUAUUAUCGCCAUAUGAACAAGGGUGGCUUCCCCUUCAGCACCCGAGACUGCGGCUGGAUCGUGGCAGACUGCACAGCAGAGGGGCUGAAGUCAGUUAUGCUGCUGCAGGAGAAGUGCCCCUUCAUAGCCAAGCUUGUCCCCCCUGAGCGCCUCUUUGAUGCUGUCAAUGUGUUGCUGAGCAUGAGGAACUCGGAUGGAGGCUUUGCCACAUACGAAACCAAGCGAGGAGGCCGCUUACUGGAGCUGCUGAACCCCUCAGAGGUGUUUGGUGACAUCAUGAUUGACUACACCUACGUGGAGUGCACCUCGGCUGUCAUGCAGGCACUGAGACAUUUCCACGAUGAGUUCCCUGAGCACAGGGCCACAGAGAUCAGGGAGACUCUGCAGAAGGGUCUGGAUUUCUGUUGCAAGCAGCAGCGAGCUGAUGGGUCAUGGGAAGGGAGCUGGGGGGUUUGUUUCACCUAUGGCACCUGGUUUGGUCUGGAGGCAUUUGCCAGUAUGCAGCACACAUACCGCAACGGGUCUGCACGCCAGGAGGUGGCCCAGGCCUGCCAGUUCCUCCUCUCCAAGCAGAUGGCAGAUGGUGGGUGGGGAGAGAACUUUGAGUCAUGUGAGCAGCGCACAUACGUGCAGAGUGACACGUCACAGAUCCACAACACGUGUUGGGCCCUUCUAGGGCUCAUGGCUGUCAGGUACCCUGACACGGACGUGCUGGAAAAGGGCAUUAAAGUGUUGAUCGAUAAGCAGCUGCCCAAUGGGGACUGGCCUCAGGAGAAUAUUGCUGGGGUAUUCAACAAGUCCUGUGCCAUCAGUUACACUGCGUACCGCAAUGUCUUCCCCAUCUGGACGCUGGGGCGUUUCUGCCGGCUGCAUCCCAACAGCCCUCUUGCAGGGAAGCUGCAAUCCGGAACCUUGGCUGGGGCAGGGAGGACCACACAGGAGGUGGCCCAGGCCAGCACCCAUGCCGCGGCCUCUGACCAGUCCUAGGUAGUGGCGGCUGCACGGGGCCACAGUGGUGUUUGCUCUGUAGGGUAUCUCGGUGCUGAUCUUAACACGUGGACUACUGCCUCUGCUAGGGGGAAGUGCUGCUGCGGUGCUGCAGAGUCUCUGCUUUCUGUUGAACCUUUUCUAAUGAUUCACUUUCGUAGGUUUUUUUCCAGGUAUAUCCUCCCUCAGGGAACAGGGAGUGAAGUGCCUUUUCAGACCAGUUUGGUGAUCUGAGAAGAGAAAGCUGCCAAGCUAUGUUGUACUAUGCAUCUAGACAGGCUUUCUUUUCCUGGGUAGAGCAAGGCUGCCUUUACCUUCCCAUUUUGCUGUCCAGGUUGGCUGGCCGCAGCAGGAGCAGGGGAUCUUGAGCCUCCCCUGUGCCCAGCGUGGUGAUGGGCUGCGCUGCCCAAUCCCUGCUGAGCUGGCCUCUGUGCUGGGAGGGGAAGGGCACCUGUCCUCCCCCUGACACAUGGGGAAGAGGAGCGCUUCACUCACUUUUCUUACCCUUCUGUCCCCCAGCUGGUGGCACCUGGCUGCCCAGAAUCUCACAGGUGAAGUCACCAGCAUCAUUCCCACUUUGAAAAAGGGGAAACUGAAGCAGAAAGUGCUGAGGUGGUGACUGUCAGGGCACAGCCUGAGUCCCUGGUUUCUAGCCUUCUCCCAGCAUAGCAGGUGCCUCUGGUUCAGAUGGUGCAGUUGUGCAUUCGCAUUUCGUUGUCAGAGUUGGAAGUCACAUCGACUGACAGGUUAAUAAAUUGCUAAUGGUCUUGCAAUUGGAGCUUAA